AGUUUCAUCGAUGACGGCAUUGCGCACUUCCUCCAACUCAGCUGGUGCUUUUAGGCUUGCAAGUUGGAAAUUGACAGUUGGGGUUUCGAGGGUGUUUUUAUGAUUUCUGUCACCUUUUUAAAUGCAACAGGAGUGCCACGUAUGUUUUUUGCCUUGCACCAGUCGUACUUGCAGAGGAUUUUGUUGUGUUUCAGUGCAACAGGAGGCCAUAUCUACAACUAGAAGUUUUUUGUAUUGUCUUUAAAUAUGGAGGAUUUAAAUUAGUUUAUGACGUCUGUUAUUUGCCAAAAGAUCUGAGGUCUGUGUGUUUUUGCAGUUUACUUUGUAGAGCUGUGUACAGUUGGAAUAUAUUAUGGAAGGAAAAGAUACUGUGGAAACCAGAGAAGAUGAAGAACAAAAUGUCAAGCUGGCAGAGAUCUUGGAGUUGCUGGUUGCAGCAGGAUACUUCAGGGCUAGAAUUAAAGGCUUGUCACCAUUUGAUAAGGUUGUUGGUGGGAUGACCUGGUGUAUCACAACUUGUAACUUUGAUAUUGAUGUUGACUUACUAUUUCAAGAGAACUCUACAAUUGGUCAAAAAAUUGGCUGGUUAAGCGUGCAAUAGAAACAAAAGAAGAGAUGGGAGACUACAUUCGUUCCUAUUCUGUGUCACAGUUUCAGAAAACUCACAGCCUUCCUGAGGACAUUGAUUUUUUGGAAAGAAAAGAUACAGUUAUGAAAACAGUUGUGGAUGUUUCAGAUGUUUAUAAACCUCAGAGGAAGUACAAGAGGCAAUCUGGUGCUGCACCACUUGUUGAUGAAGAAUCCCGAGUCCACUCUACUCUUUUAGAGUAUGGAAGGAGGUAUGGAUAUAGCAGACCUGUUAAAACUGAUAAGUCUGAGGAGAAGAAAGUGUCUUUGGCAUCUGGCUUGGGACAUGGAGUUGGUGACAGCUCGGAGGAGGAAGAUCUGCAAGCCGCUGAGGAGCUUCGUAUUAAGACUUUGAUGACUGGGAUGGCUGCCAUGGCAACUGAAGAUGGGCAGUUGACUGCAAGUACAGUUGGUCACAUAGUUGGACUUCAAUCUGAAGAGAUCAAACAAAUUGCAUCAGAAUAUGCUGAAAAGCAAUCAGAGCUUUCUGCCGAAGAGAGGCCUGAACGUCUUGGGCAAGCUCAGCAACACCGCAGAAAAGUAGCUUCUCUCAACAAGCAGAUAUCACAGAAAACCAAGGAACUGGAGGAGCUUACUGUUAAGUGUUCUGAAGUUCAGACUGCAUGCAGUGAAGCAAAGAAGAAGUUAGAGGAGGUUGUUCAUUAUACUGAAAGACUGAACAAAGAACUUGCUGAGUUAGCUGUUGUAGAGUCCCGUGCAGAUUCAAGUAUACUGCUGAAUCUAAGGGCAUUGGUUGGUAUGAAUGAAAACCUCAAAAGUCAGGAGCAGGAAUUCAGAGCUCAUUGCAGAGAAGAAAUGUCACGACUGCAGAAGAGUAUAGAAAAAAUUAAAUUAGAAGCUGGAGGUGAAGACAGUGAAGAAAAAGAGCGCACUCAUCUUAUAGAAGAACAGUACAAAACAGACAAAGAAAAACUCCAAAAGAUCAGAUUACUGUUGGCUCGAAAGAAUAGAGAAAUUGCCAUUUUGCAGAGGAGGAUUGAUGAAGUACCUAGCAGGGCUGAGUUAACACAGUAUCAGAAGAGGUUUAUUGAACUGUACGGUCAAGUGUCUGCAACUCACAAAGAGACAAAGCAGUUCUUCACCCUGUACAACACACUAGAUGACAAGAAAGUAUACCUGGAAAAAGAGGUCAACUUACUGAACUCCAUUCAUGACAACUUCCAGCAUGCGAUGGCAUCUCCUGGAGCCCGAGAACAGUUUUUGCGACAGAUGGAGCAAAUUGUAGAGGGAAUUAAACAAAACUGUAUGAAGAUGGAAAAGAAAAAACAGGAGAACAAAAUGAGGAGGGACCAGUUGAACGAUGAGUAUCUUGAACUUCUGGAGAAGCAAAGGCUGUAUUUCAAAACUGUUAAAGAAUUUAAAGAAGAAUGCAGGAAGAAUGAAAUGUUGCUGUCUAAGCUGAGAGCCAAAGGAGCGUCUUGAGCAGUCAGUUUACAGAAGAGAAGACAAAGUCCAGCAUCUCAAAACAACACAUUUGUGUUACAAGAAGUAUUAAAAUAUGUGCACCAUCUUAAACACAUAUGUUGUAGAAAUUAAUUCAGUAAAAAACAUCUUUGGUCGACAUUCCUUUACAAUGUAUCUGAAGUACUGUUAUUUUUGCACUUAAAUAAACCUAGCAUCUUUGUAAAGAUUG